AGAUGUCUCUUUCAACCGCGGUCAAGCGAGCCGUGAUUUGUGAACCGCGGUGAAGCCAGCCGCCUCUUAUCCGCCGCAAUCAUUUUCAUGCGCGUUCACAAUAGACUUUACGGCAGCGCGUAUUCGCCUUCAUUGGUGAUCGCAAACAUGGACUGGCACACACAUACGCACGCACUCUUUCAGAGUUAAGCUGGGGGGACUUCAAUCUCUCUCUCUCUCGUAAAGAAAAAGAGAAGGUGAAGAAAUGCAGCAAAGAGCUGUAGGUCAGACCUGAACCCAGGCCAAUGCUUUCAACAUAACAGGAGCCAUCCGAUGGAAGACAAAACACUGCUCAGUAGACCAUUUAACACUUCAUUACUUCUAGAAGACUGCUCUCAGCCAUGACACAGGCGGUUCCCCCGAUCCUCUCUGUCACCCCGAGUCGGGCUCUGGUUGAUGAGAAGUUUCAAGUGUUGGUGGAGAAUCUUCCUCCAGGAUGUCCGGUAACCCUCCGCUCCCUCCACCGCUCCGAGGACGAGGACGACUGGGAGGCGUAUGGGCACUACGUCAGCGACCACAGAGGCGUUGUGUCAGUAUCAGAAGAUUUGAGUUUUGGAGGCAUGUAUACGGGAAAAGAGCCAAUGGGUUUACUGUGGAGCAUGCGGCCGGUCCCAGGCAGCCGCAAAGGCCUCAGGUUGAGGAAGAUAAACGUCUGUACACCCAUGCUGGUUAACAUCUCAGUCCACAGUGGACACGAGGGCUUCAGGGACAGAACCCCUCUGGCAUCAGCACUCGCAGAGAGAUGGUACAUGGCUCCUGGUGUCAAGAGAAUUGAUAUUAAUAAGCAAGGAGUGCAAGGGACCCUGUUUAUACCACCAGGUCCUGGACCCUUCCCUGCGCUGCUGGACAUGUGGGGAGGUGGUGCAGGGCUGCUGGAGUAUCGCUCUGCCUUGUUGGCGUCUCGUGGUUACGUUUCUUUCUCGCUGGAUUACCUACGGUCUGAACACCUGUCAGCAGAUGUAGAGUUUAAGUACUUCGAGACAGCAUUUAACAUUAUUAGGAACCAUCCUCAAGUGAUACCAGACAGAGUUGGAAUUCUUGGUAGUUCCCUGGGCUCCAUGGUGGCCUUCAACUUAACAGCCUACAGCACCAUUAUUAAGCCUCGCUGCAUUGUUUGCAUCAGCAGCAAUCACUAUCACCCACCUGGGACCACCCUGAAGGCCGGGUUUAAAAUACUGAGCAAGCAUUUUCACAAGGCACAUUUCGAUGAGAACAACUAUAUGAGCUGGAGAAGCUUUGCUCUGGAUCUUAUCGCUGACCCCUCAAACAACGUGGAAGUGGGGAGAAUUAACUGCCCAAUGCUGCUGGUUAAUGGCUGUGACGAUCAGAACUGGCCUACAGUUGAGACAGCGGAGGAGGUGGCCAGGUUGUUGCGUGAAGGUGGAAAGGAACACCUGCUGAGCAGAUUAGCGUAUCCGGGUGCUGGACACCUGAUUGAGCCGCCAUUCUCUCCUCAUUUUAGAGCUACGAAGUUUAUCAUACUAAACAGUAAAGAGAAGGUGAUAUUACUGUGGGGAGGACACACCAAACCUCAUUCAGAUGCUCAGGAAGACUCCUGGAGGAAGAUCUUGAGUUUUCUGCAGCUUCACCUGUACCACAGCCCGAGUGUUAAAGCAAAUCUGUGAAAGAGUCACAUGAUGUCGAUUCACUGCUGUGAUAUACUGACCAUGGUUUCAUUCUGAUUAUCUGCUCAAAUUAAACAGCCUGACUCAUCUAAGUGAAGCAAUGUCCACACGUACAAAGGUAUUUUUUAAAACUAGGAUUCUGUGUCAAAAAAGCUCAAAGUGUGUUGUUGUUUCAAUGCAGGCAUGAAGCCAUAAUAAUUUUACAACCACAUUUCUUAUUAUGAACCUUGCUUGAUUCAAAAUCCACUCUUAUCUCCCUAAACUGUUGCUUCUGUAACACGAGAAGACCCUAAAAACACCUUUCAUCUAUACACAUGCUAAGAAAUAUUAUCAUAUACACUACAUACUUUCACUGAUAUUUUAAGUCAUUUUCUUCUAUUUAAGACGGUGUAUUACUUUCUUAAUGUAAUUAUUUGACUAAUUAACCUCCGGUGAAGCCAUGGUUGUCCGCCAGACAACGAGAAAACAAGUAGCUAUUAUACGUAAUAGGCAGUUAAAUAAA